AGGAGACACGGAUCAGUUUGCGGCAACGCCACUGGCAUUGUUACCCCGAUAAUCGCCUAUCACAGACUCGAGGCGGCCAGCCAGAAGACGGUGGCGUUUGACAAGCUCAGCCCAUUCAUUUAUACCGAUCGAAGCAAGAAGCAUGCCGAAGUCAGCCCCCAGCCUCCCCAGACUGCCCGCGCAGUAAAGUACCUGCGUCAAAAUGCUUUCCCUCGAUGUCUGGUCUUUGACGGUUGGCAGAUAGAUUCGCAGCGUUUCGACAAGCAUCUCUACCAUAUGGAGGGGAAAGUCAGCCAUUGGGGAAGGCAUGGCUCCCAAAGGAUCACUUUCGUCGUUCCUGUGCGUCGCGAAGCUCGAAUUUAUGCUCUUAAACACCGAGACAAUGCUAAAGCUCUGUUCGCGGAAUAUCUCGAUAAAUCGUUUCAGGUACCGCUCUGUCUGCUGGCCGCCUGACCACGUGCUGGUAGCUUUGUCCUUUCGAAGUCGUUCCUCAUCUGCUAGGUCUCUUAGAGGUUCCAGUGCUUCCAGUGUUGUCAAGAGCGUAGACAAACGGCAGACCAAGAAGACGGCCGGGAGUGCGUCUUCAGUUGAUGCAUCAGUCACCAGAUCCGGAACGAUUCGUUUGAGCCAGCCCAUCGUUCGAACGGCAGCGGCAAGCUUGAGAUUGGGCGCUUUGAGCGUUCCAAUGAGAUCUGCAGCCAUCUGCCGAAUGGCAGCAUCCGCCUCGUCUAGGACCGAAGUGACAAGCGGUGAGUCUGGGUAGAGGGAAGCAAGGCGUCGGACGUGCGCGUAAAGCUCGAGCGUAGAGGAAUGAUUGACCGGUGCGGUCGAGACAGCGGACGAGAGAAGGAGAGGCAUUUCCAUGACAUCAACAAGACGUUCCGAGUUUCGAAGCAGUAGGAGUGCCUGUUUUCUCCGCGCCAGUAACUUGCUCUCGCUGGCCUUGCCAAAAGCCGACGAGAAGUGUUCUGCUUGCGCAUCUAGUCGGGGCACUGCCUGGACAAGAUCUAAGGCUCGCUGGGCCAGAGUCGGUAGGGACGUUCGUAGCGAAGCAUGGCUCGCGGCCGAAUCAACGACGGGUUUGUGGGAUCUCUUCGAAAGCGCUUGUACGGCAAGCAGUAGGGAAUGGGAGGUCUGAGAUAAGACUUGAGGCUCGGAUGAUUGAAGGGAGCUAGACUCUUGUUCGGCAAGAUAGGUCAGGUACUCCAGGGCAGAUGGAUCGUUCGCCUGAUCGGGCGCCAGCAGGUCUCUCAGAGCUUCCGCCAUGGUGGUCUGAAGAGUCGUGUACGGUUGGUCCGGGACGAUGCGACGCGAAAUAAUGUCCUUGGAGGUGUCAAAUCGUCUAGCGCCAGUCGAUUGUAGAAAGGGGGGUAUAUUAGGACAGCAGCAACAACUGCAAGUCUGAUCAUGCGAAUGAAGAAAUGGGAUCUUUAAACCACCUACCAAUCUGCCAAGCUCCAGCAGACACACCCGUGACUGUACGCUCGUGGACGAUCUGGUGUUCUAAAUGAGUGAGGUGGCAGCUGGCCUGUAUGGAAACGACCUAACUAGGCUAUAGGUAGAGAUCUGGUGGGGGCAGAAUGAUGGCGCUGCCAACAUCAGGUACUCGGCCACCCCCCCUGUGAGAUCGGAUUACCUAAGGUCUCAACGUCCAGGCAAUAAUCCAACCUAAGCCUAUCAGAAAGCCAGAACUGCGCUGGCACGGUACGAAUAACGGAUUAAGCUCCAAAGACAGUUCAAAAUGCGACUAUCCAGACCCUUACCCGUGCUGUUCCCACGUGAGCUUCCCCAACAGACGUGACCAGGCGAAUGAAUACCAAGUUUCCUACUCCGUACUCGAGGUAUCCUUUCGUUACGCCGCCUUGCCUCGGCUCAUUUAAAGUCUUUGUUCCUCCGCAUUCUUUUGUUCCCGGCCCUCUCUAUCUGGAUCUUCUUGCUGGGUUCUUGCGAGCACAAACCUCAACCGUUUUGCAACUCCAGUAACUCCCAAUUCAUCCCGCCAGCAUGAAAGAUCCGUUUCCUUUGCAGCCUUCGCCCUGGCUAUCAGAAAAGACACAGCCCUGGGCCGACUAUUUUGACCUGCCUACACUCCCGCUGCACAUACACGAAGUUCUGGCCGCAGCGUUGUUAUACUCGGUCAUCUUCUGGCCUAUAUCACCAUGGAUCUCCAACCUUCUGGCCCCGGAGCACUACUCCAAACUUCCUCGCAAGCGACGGCUCAACUGGGACGCCCACGUUGUUUCCAUGGUUCAGAGCUGCCUAAUCAAUACCCUGGCUAUAUGGGUAAUGUUCGUCGAUGCUGAGAUGAGCAACAUGGAAUGGGAGGAGCGUAUUUGGGGUUAUACUGGUGGUGCUGGAUUCAUCCAGGCUCUUGCAGCUGGAUACUUCCUCUGGGAUUUAGUAGUCACCAGCAUUAACCUCGAUGUUUUUGGCUUGGGAACCUUGGCGCACGCAAUCGCCGCAUUACUUGUCUACUCGCUCGGCUUCCGUCCAUUUCUCAACCACUACGCCUGUGUCUUCAUCCUCUGGGAGUUAUCCACACCUUUCCUCAAUGUUCACUGGUUUAUGGAUAAAAUUAACAUGACGGGUACGCGCGCGCAACUAUACAAUGGCGUCAUGCUCCUUUUCACAUUCUUCUCCUGCCGGCUUAUUUACGGAACUUAUUCAUCCUUCCGUGUGUACCGCGACGUGUGGUCCGCCAUUAAUGUUAACCCCGACAUGAAGGCACUCAAUUUACCAACCAUGUCAUUUGCGCAUCUAGACUCCACGGUGCCCAUGUGGAUUGGCGUCGCCUAUUUGGCCAGCAACGUCACCCUCAACAGUCUUAAUUUUUACUGGUUCUUCAUGAUGAUUCGCGCCGUACGCAAGCGGUUUGUGCCUACGGCUGAAUCAGAGGAAAAGAUUCAAGAGAGCCCAGUGACUGAGGCUGAGAUUGAUCUGUCUUCCGUCUCAACAGGUUUAUCCAAGCCCACUAGCGGUCGUCGCCGCAAGGCAUGAUCGAGUCAGGAAGGCCAGCAGGUCUAGAUGCCUCAUAUGCCAAGACGUUUUCGGGAAGCCCUUCUUGCUGGCCGGAUUUGUGACGGCUGAGAGCUCGCCUUCGAGAACAUUCAGACUACCACUAUCGCUUACCGAACAAGUAUGCUCUCGAGUUUCAAUAACUUUAAACCAUGAAUACAACUCUAUGGAACGGAAGAACCACUCAAUCCUUUUCUCCUGUCUGAUCAUUUUUAUCCCUGUGGCCCCUUUUUUCGAUUCCGUCGCCUUUUCUGUAUUACACAUAGCCAGUUUGCAACGAGACCUGCCUCGUCAAUGAUUUACGUUCUACUACGACAUUGAAUAGACUUAUAGAUGAGAAUAUUAGAAGGGUCUGAUCUGGCUUGUCCAGGAACAGCCAUAAAUAUACUAUUAUUAUUCCACACCUGACUCCCAGGUUGGUCCACCUGACAAAGUCGACAUAUACAUACAAG